AUGGAUGUGGUCCUUGUAGUCUGUAGCUUAUCCAUAAUUCUGACAUAAAACAUAAAAAGGAAGACAUUUGAAGGAGAGCAAUUCAGACGUCCAUGGAGUCGGUAAGUGAGGGUUUCAGAUGACGAAAACUCCUAGCUUUUGGAUUGUCAAGGUAAGAGACGAAGACAGAGCGACAAAUAUUCCAAUUCCAACUCCCAUACUCGUAAUUGAUCAUGAUAAUGGCGGCUACACCAUUUCACUCUUCUCACUUUCAUCACCUUUGGGCCAUGUCGUCAUCAUCUAAGACAUCAUCAUCAUCUUAUGGUUCUGCAUUGAAACUUAAUCGUUACUGCUACAUGUACAUGCACAUGCAUAUGUAUGAUUAUGAUUGCAACCUAAAUUUUAAUUACAGAGCUUCGUUUGUUAAUGGCGGUCGCCGCCUCUGUAUCCGCCAUAACCGUUUAACUUUCAGAAGAAAUUGCGGAUUUAAGAAUUCUGAUGAUGAUGUUGAUGAAAAGUGUUUGGAAUCAGAUGAAAUUGAUCACAUUAGCAGUGUUGAUCACACUAGCAGCGACAGCGGCAGCGGCGGCGGCGGCGAGAGAGGAAUUAAUAAAGGAGUAUUGGCGACUGUAUUACAAGGUAUUUCUCUUUCAGGAGGAGAAGCCAAUUCUGCAAUUGUUUCUGCUUGUUUUGUAGGUCUUCUUACUGGACUCAGCGUCGUCCUUUUCAAUUACUUGGUUCAUGAAUUACGUGAUUUCUGUUGGGAUGGUGUACUAUACCGAGGUGCAUCGUGGUUGAGGGAGGAGCCACUUGAGAAAACAUGGAAGAGGACUAUAUUCGUACCAGUUUGUGGUGGUUUGCUUGUUUCUUUGUUGAAUCUUCUUCGAGACAGUCUUGAUGCUCCAGAAGGAGGCUUUAUUAUGAUUCCUCAGAUAAAGGCUGUGCUUCAGCAAUUCCUGAGGUCCUUGGCAGCGUGUGUUACCCUUGGGACUGGGAACUCGUUGGGACCUGAAGGUCCUAGUGUUGAGAUUGGUUCUUCCAUUGGCAAAGGAGUUGCUUCUUUGUCUGGUAGGAGUACCGGAAAGAAAGUUCCUCUUGUUGCUGCGGGAUCAGCUGCCGGGAUUGCUUCUGGAUUCAAUGCUGCUGUAGCUGGUUGUUUUUUUGCUGUAGAAUCUGUUUUAUGGCCAUCUCCUGAUACAUCCGCAACACUCACAAAUACAACCUCAAUGGUCAUACUCAGUGCUGUCAUAGCUUCUGUAUUGUCUGAAGUUGGUCUUGGUGCUGAACCGGCAUUCAAGGUCCCUAAUUAUGAUUUCCGCUCUGCAAGUGAACUCCCGUUGUAUCUUUUGCUGGGAAUUCUUUGCGGCUUGGUUUCUUUGGCAUUGACUAGGUGUACUACUUUCAUGCUACAUGAGGCUGAAGAAAUUAAGAAAGCUGGCCGAGUACCGAAGGUUGUUUUUCCAAUAACUGGUGGCUUAGCUGUCGGGCUCAUGGCUUUGGCAUAUCCAGAAAUUCUUUACUGGGGUUUCCAGAAUGUUGAUAUCUUAUUGGAAUCUCGACCCUUUGUAAAAGGCCUCUCCGCUGACCUACUGGUUCAACUAGUGGGUGUUAAAAUUAUUGCUACUUCCUUUUGUCGGGCCUCUGGAUUAGUUGGGGGAUAUUAUGCCCCAUCACUCUUUAUUGGUGCUGCUACAGGAAUGGCAUAUGGAAAACUUAUUGCUUUGGCGGUUUCUGAAUGCCGUCCAAUUUUUCAAUUUUCUUUCAUUGAAGUGGCAUCACCACAAGCAUAUGGCCUGGUUGGCAUGGCUGCUACUCUUGCAGGGGUUUGUCAGGUACCUCUUACAUCGGUGCUGCUUCUUUUUGAGCUCACUCAGGACUACCGGAUAGUUGUACCUCUUCUAGCAGCUGUGGGCACAUCUUCUUGGAUUACAUCUCCAAGGAUAAGGAGAACAGAUUUGGGAAAUGACAAGAAAGCUAAUGAAAGUGCUCUUAAGAUUCAAGAAAGUGAUGCUUCAAACAAGAACACUGUUUCACUUUCAUCGGGUCACCCAUACCCUACAAAAACAUCCAAUAUAGAUAAUAUCUGUGAAAUAGAGAGCUCGAGUUGCUUUGAUGAUUCUGACACCGAGAAUGAAGAAGCUGAAAGGAGAAUAUUUGUUUCGCAGGCUAUGAGGACAAGGUUUGCUACUGUUUUACAGAGUACAUCGCUACUUGAAGCUGUGAAUCUUAUGCUUGCGGAGAAGCAGUCUUACGCACUUAUUGUUAAUAAGGAUAAUCAUCUGAUGGGUUUGCUAUCACUAGAGGAUAUUCUAGAGUUCAGCAAAUCUGCACAAACGAAAAAGAGAAAGCCCGAGGAUUUCCUAGUGGCGGAUAUGCUUUCUCUUUAUGGUGAAAAGUUUGAGGUGCUUUGGACAGCAACACCUGACAUGGAUCUUCUUUCCGCUGAAGUAAUUAUGAUAAGGCAUGGAUUAAGUCAGCUGCCUGUUGUUUCGGAGCUUGGGCAGGGGUACAGCGGAAAGCCCGUGGGUGUUAUAGACAUGCAAUGCAUAAUGCUAGCUUGCAGAGCUGUUGCCACCAAAGAUUAUCUGAACGAGAAUUUUAGAUCAGCGGAUAAGGAUCGCCUCAAGUAAAGUCGGGAGUCUGCACUGUGGUUAUAUCUAAAAAGUACGCCAACCUUCUUUAUACAUCAUUCUAACAAAUUGAUACUGAAAGACUACUAACAAGUUCUAUAGUUCAUUUUGGAUUUCACUAAAAUUAAGAUCCAAGUACUUUUGUGCUCCCAUUUCUAUAUUAGCUUGGUCGUUUGAACAGUGAACACUAUACUUCAGAAAUCGUGCUGGUAGCUGUGAGUCUUUAACUACAGGAAGGAACUGGAAAUCAUACUUAAUGAGGCAGAAUAAUAAAAUAGAUACUUUACGUAUUGGUAUUUCAUACUGUAUUAAUUUUUGUGAGCGGGGUAGUUCAUGCUGUGCAGUGUGCCACAAAGCUAAGGGGGGUUCAUCUUGUACUACUCAUAGACUUUACUAUAACAUACUCCAUUUGUUAAGUUUUUGUUUACACGAUAUUUAAGGGUGAACCAAUACCAUUUCAGAACAUGUAAAUUUUACAAUUAAGCAAGGGAAAAUGGGAAGAACUUGUUACAAAAGCAAAGUGUAACAUAAUGUUUUGCGUUGCGUUACUUAUUUUCUAGCAAGAUAAAUAAUAUAAUCAUAUUCCUCUA